AUGGAACAAGAAUACUGCAUGCCUGAGGAUUACACAAACGUGGCAAUUCCUUUUCGCCUGCUGUAUGGAGGUAAGUUUAAUUUAGGGAAGUCCUUAUUCUUGCUUCCAAUUCAUAGAGCUAUAGGCUAUAUUGUUUUUUUUAAUGUUUGCAACAAUUUUAGUUAUCUGUAUAAACGUUAAGUUUUUCUUUGCCUGAUAAAUAUUCUUUCGCGUUGUAGAUGUUUGCCAUUUGACAAAUAAUAUUUUGUCUGAAGCGACGUAUGAUUUCCAGAAUCAUUGUGCCAUGAAGUGUUUCCAAUAUCCAUUCUGUGCUGGAUACAAUUUUAAGAAAAUGUACCAGAAGAAAAGUCCAAACUGCCAGUUAACACACACAGUGAAUCACAACUUUCAUGAUUGCAACGCUGAUGACAAAGGCUGGAUAUUUUAUCAUCCUGUUGCUCCAAGAAAGGUACGAAACCAGAGUUGCAAAACCUGUUCAAAUUUCCUCCGGGUAAAAUUUAAAGUUUUCAAACCUUCCUCAAAAUAAUUUGAAUAAAUACUAAAAUAUGGCUUCAUCGAAUAGCAAUAUACUAGAGUACACAAACUUAACUGAUUCUGAAAGCAUAAAGUUUGAAAGAGACGUGCAUGUCGUUAAAUGCAGUACAUGAUUCUAAUAUAUAAUUUGCCAUAAUAGAUUUACACGUUGGACAAAUUGAACAGUCCUUACCUACUACAUCUACAUCCUAUAUGAUAUAUUGAAUAUAAAAGAAUAUAAAAAAUACAGUCAUAGACUCAGGAGGCAAGAUAAUCUUUAAAAUGCGAUGGUUUCUGAAUCUGUAAUAAAAAGCACAACAGUACACGCGUAAAAAUUGAGAAAAUCAACAACUUGUUCCUGGGUGAAUUGACAGGCGUGAACAAGGUUGUGCUGCCUACUAUGAACAAGUUGUCAACAAAACUUGCAACAACAUUGUUGACAACUUGUUCAUAGUGGGCAACACAACCUUCCUGUCGAUAUCAACUGAAGUUGUUGAUUUUAUGCCUGUACACAUAUUAAAUAGAGGUCAGCAGUAAAACUAUUUAUGGCAACAACAUUCCAGAGGUGGUAUUUGAUGUUUCUGUACUUGUGGCUUUGAAAGGCAUUUGAGAGUGUUUAGGUCCUUUAACGUGUGACCCAAAUCGCCCAAUUUCACACUCACUUAGAGAGGCAACGAAUUCGAAUGCUCUCACUUGUUUUCGAAGUAAAGUGCUAAAUUUAAACAAUGCAGUAUAGUGCCCAGCUGCAUGGCGGUUUAUAAUCAAUGACAAUGUUUGGAAUGGUUGAAAAUCAAUGGCAUGCAAUGGCAAUAUAAUCUCUAUAGCAGACGCUGCCAAUUCUGCCAUAUACUUAUGAUUAUCUUAUAGUUUGCGGGAAUUGACGGUGUAGGUAUCAGGUAUGUAAACAAUGAUUUCGAUUAUAGGACAUCGAUACAUUUUGUCGAUCUGUAUUAAAUAUGUAUGACAGCUACACACCUCAGUAACCAAGCUGUAUUAUUUUCGUCAGACUCACAUCACACAUGCUAAAAUUUCUCCCUCAGCAUUAUUUAUAAUUUUUGUGGCAAUUUACAACAUUUCACCUUGGCCAUAUUUUAAGGCCAAUGAAAAUUGAAAUCAUGUUUCUCGUCCACAAUUUUCAAAAAUUUGGAGCGGGAUUUUUUCAUUUUUCAUUUUUCAUUAUUUCUUGUGUUUGAAUUCUGCUUGUCAAUAAUUUCCUUGACCCAUAAAAAUCUGAAGUAAAUCGGCGUAUAAUUCAUUUUAAUUUAAUACGUCCUACUCUACAGUAUAUUUCUACGCAUACCAGGGCUGACAUGAAAAAUAGAGGCAUUCUGGCGAGUAAUGUCUUUAGAAAGAUACAAUUUGAGUUGCGCUUGCGGAAUGCAGCAAUAAGACUUUGAUCUGGAGAUCAAUUUGGUGUUUUAUUAAGCCUAUUUUUCAAAAAUAAUGAAUAAUGAAAAAUUUUCGUGCGGCAGAUAAAACCCAUGCGGGCGGGGACGAGAAACAUGAUAUCAAUUUUCAUUGGCCUUAUAUAAUUAUUAUAACGUUUAUUUGCUACAGCAAUGAUGGUUCAUUUAAUUUAUAACUAUUAAUUAUUCUCUAAAAACAUUGGAAUCAUGUAAUCAAAUAAUCUUUGAAUAAUACGGUAUAAUAAUGUUCAAGGUGAAUUUCUUAUUGUAACCAUGAUGAAUAGCUCUUAGUAAUAGCCUCCUGUUAUUUGCGAUGCAAUGGUUUAAGGCGCCUCUGAUGCUUGACACUUAUACAUUUUAAUUUUACAGAAUAUUUUCAGUUAUUGCGUUCUCAGUAUUCUCCAAUGUCAUAGUCAUAUGUUAUAGGUACUAUAUAUCACAAUAGUACCACCACAACUUGUCAGCCUCAACUGCUUAUUCAACUAUGAUUUAUUUGUUUUAGCGACUGUUGACCACUAAAUUAAACCUUCCUCACUGACCUCGCCUAUGCAUGGUGAACCUUCCUCGCGUGUAGUGCCCGCAUGCUCGCAGCUUUUUUGCAACUCUGUACGAAACAACAGUAAAAAAUAUAUACUUAAUAAACUUUCCCCGAAUUAGCUUAUUAAUACCUAGUAAGCAAUGCCUAGCUAGCAAUACCCACAGUCGUAAAUAGCUUAUUUAUACACGCGGAAUUAACUUAUGUGUGCCCAUCAAGCAGCUAGUGACAAGAGUGUAUGAGAAUUUUGCGAUCUUCACAAUUUUCCUAUUAGCUAUACCGUAAUUGUUAUACAGCUAGGCCAGGGUGCCACCAAACGUAAAUGCAAUGUAUCCAACCGGGCAGCAAGUGAAAAGUUGUUGCCCACUGCCCGAACUGGCUACGUGCAUAUAAAUAAACAAAAUUUGGGCAGAACUCGCAAGUUUAGAAACUACUAUUUUCCAGGGACGUGCUGGCGUCUUAAAAAAGACAACGAAUGAGCAACGUCUGAUGGGCCCCAUGCGCAGUGAACGAUGGCUCAAUAUUCAUACUUUUUUCCGAAAAUUGUUGGCGAGCGUCGAGAGGUCGACAAUUUUUUCCGGAUAUACCAAAAUUUUUCCGCAUAUAUCGUAAUUUUUCCUGGAAUGCAAAAAUUUUUCCGAACAAAUAGUCAAUUUUCCGGAAAUACUAAAUUUUUCCGGGCAUAUCGUGACUUUUCGGUCCAAAAUACGAAAAUUCUUCCGUAAUAUUUUCGUGAAUUUUGAUUUAUAAAAUAUAAACUGUAAUAUCUUAAUCUUGAUUUUGAAAAUUAAAAUCUCUUUUUCUGGUUUAUGCGCGAUAUACCAAGUCACGGGUGACGUCACAAGUCAAGAGUGACGUCACACCAAUAGUAAAUAAUGGAACUAUAUCAUUUCACUUUGUUCUUUGUUUUUUUAAAUAAUACUAGUUUUAGCUACCUAUUUGUUUUGAAUCGUCAGGCUUUUUGGCCGGUGCAUUUGGAUCGUUUCCUUUUUGUAAGAUCAUUCGGAUCUUUUGCUUUUUGGCUGGUGCAUUUGGAUCGUUUCCUUUUUGUAGAUCAUUCGGAUCAUUUGCUUUUUGUAGAUCAUUUGGAUCAUUUGCUUUUUGUGGAUCAUUUGAAUCAUUUGCUUUUUGUGGAUCAUUUGGAUCAUUUGUUUUUGUAGAUCAUUUGGAUCAUUUGCUUUUUGUGGAUCAUUUGGAUCAUUUGCUUUUUUGUGGAUCAUUUGGAUCAUUUGCUUUUUGUGGAUCAUUUGGAUCAUUUGCUUUUUGUGGAUCAUUUGGAUCAUUUGCUUUUUGUGGAUCAUUUGGAUCAUUUGCUUUUUGUGGAUCAUUUGGAUCAUUUGCAAUUCAAGCCGCCAGGCGCCAGAACAAAAAUCAAACUUGCGCGUACGGCGCAACGAGCAUUACCGUAUUUACUCGUUUGAGCGCCGCCACCGAUUGAGCGCCGCCCCCGAAUGAGCGCCGCAUUUGAGAUCAAUUUUUUUAAAAGAGCGUCGCACCCGAAUGAACGCCGCACUAAACAGUGUAAUAAUUUUCCAGCGUCAAAAUGGAGACAUUUAGUGACAAAGACAUUGAAAUCUUAUUUAUUUUAUUGUUAAAAGUUCUUCAUAUAAUCCACAAAUAAAAGAUUUUUUUGAAGAGCGCCGCCCCCGAUUGAGCGCCGCCCUCGAAUGAGCGCCGCAUCUGAAGCUCUGAAAAUUCAAAGAGCGCCGCGGCGCUCAAACGAGUAAAUACGGUAUAUAAACAAUCAGUCAUCUGUAGCUACUAUUGCGGUGCAGGGGACGUUUAAGCUAUAAAUAGUACUGUAUUAUUUAAAAUAAAACUUUUGAUAUAAACGUUUAGUUGCUUUCUUGUGAUAUACGAAAUCCAGGCUGGUGGUCCGUUAAUUUGUUUAGAAAUAGAUCUAAUUACAUGUGUUCGAAGCUUUCAACACGACACUGAGACUGAAAGACUUGAAAAUAUUGUUAGGCUAGCAAGCUAUUUUCGUUGGUUUCAAACAAACGAGCGUAGUGAGCGUCUAUGAGGAUGACAUAUGUGCAGCCUUGCCGCAGUGUUUCCGUGUGUGAGCGACAGUGUCGAAACACAAUAGUUAUGUAUUGGAUUCUGCACAUAUGUCAUCCUCAUAGACGCUGACUACGCUCGUUUGUUUGAAACCAACGAAAAUAGCUUGCUAGCCUAACAAUAUUUUCAAGUCUUUCAGUCUCAGUGUCGUGUUGAAAGCUUCGAACACAUGUAAUUAGAUCUAUUUCUAAACAAAUUAACGGACCACCAGCCUGGAUUUCGUAUAUCACAAGAAAGCAACUAAACGUUUGUAUCAAAAGCUUUAUUUUAAAUAAUACAGUACUAUUUAUCGCUUAAACGUCCCCUGCACCGCAAUAGUAGCUACAGACGACUAAUUGUUUAUAUAAUGCUGGUUGCGCCGUACGCGCAAGUUUGAUUUUUGUUCUGGCGCCUGGCGGCUUGAAUUUCAAAUGAUCCAAAUGAUCCACAAAAAGCAAAUUAUCCAAACGAUCCACAAAAAGCAAAUGAUCCAAAUGAUUCACAAAAAGCAAAUGAUCCAAAUGAUCUACAAAAAGCAAAUGAUCCAAAUGAUCCACAAAAAGCAAAUGAUCCAAAUGAUCCACAAAAAGCAAAUGAUCCAAAUUAAAUGAUCCACAAAAAGCAAAUGAUCCAAAUGAUCCACACAAAGCAAAUGAUCCAAAUGAUCUACAAAAAGCAAAUGAUCCAAAUGAUCCACAAAAAGCAAAUGAUCCAAAUGAUCCACAAAAAGCAAAUGAUCCAAAUGAUCCACAAAAAGCAAAUGAUCCAAAUGAUCUACAAAAAGCAAAUGAUCCAAAUGAUCUACAAAAAGCAAAUGAUCCAAAUGAUCCACAAAAAGCAAAUGAUCUAAAUGAUCCACAAAAAGCAAAUGAUCCAAAUAAUCCACAAAAAGCAAAUGAUCCAAAUGAUCACAAAAAGCAAAUGAUCCAAAUGGUCUACAAAAAGCAAAUGAUCCAAAUGAUCCACAAAAAGCAAAUGAUCUAAAAUGAUCCACAAAAAGCAAAUGAUCCAAAUGAUCCACAAAAAGCAAAUGAUCCAAAUGAUCCACAAAAGCAAAUGAUCCAAAUGCACCAGCCAAAAAGCAAGUGAUCCGAAUGAUCUACAAAAAGGAAACGAUCCAAAUGCACCAGCCAAAAAGCCUGACGAUCCAAAACAAAUAGGUAGCUAAAACUAGUAUUAUUUAAAAAACAAAGAACAAAACGAAAUGAUAUAAUUCCAUUAUCUCCUAUUGGUGUGACGUCACUCUUGACUUGUGACGUCACCCGUGACUUGGUAUAUCGCGCAUAAACCCUUUUUCUGAAAAAAUUUCAAUGUUUUGAUUUUAGGCGGGGCCCAUGAUGCAUGGCAAGGGCCCACAACGAAUUCUUGUUGUCUCGUACCUAGCCAGCACUUCCCUGCUAUUUUCCAGUUUGUAUUAAAAUAAAGAAUGUAUAAAAGAGAAGAAAAAUACACAAUAGGCAACAUGAUAUGCUAUAGCAGCUGAAACCGUUUAAGUAUAUAUAGGCUAUUUUAGUUUAAACUCGUUUACAUUGUAGAGUUUUUGUCGUAACUGUAAUAAUUUAUUGUUGCAUGUAUGAAUGUUGUUGGUUUUUCUUUCGUCGCUAUAUAACAAAACAUGCAGCAUGCGAGUGACGACGACGUAGGCGAGUUGUGUGCUUGAUUUACACAGUGGAAAUUAGGUUGUAAGCAGGUUGUAUGCGACAAUUUUAGGCAAAAGUUGUGUAGUGUAAAAUGGGCCUAUAGAAUGGUUUCGAGACCAAUUUGAACUCGUCUUUUGGACUCGAUUAUAUUUAUGAGAAAAUUAUAUACUUUUGAUACACUAUUGCGAAAAUAUUUUUAAUGAAAAAUGUUAACUACAUUUUAAGGACAUCCACUGCGGUAUAUAUUAUCAAUUAAAACUCGUUUUGAUUUAUAAAAGCACUGGACCAAUUGUUGUAGUUAACUUGAGACGUUAUUCUGUUAUUUCAGCUUAAAUAACUAAAUUGGAUACAGGCUGAGUUUGUGUUACUUUAACGUGAGCUAAAUUCUAACAUAUUCGCUUCACAGGUUCCAUGUCAUAAAAUAAAGAAUUGUAAAAAUGGGGGAAAGACGAUCAUUUAUCUCAAAGAUGGACCUGGUUCUGAUCCUUACCGGUGUGAAUGUCCAAAGGGAUUCAGUGGAGAUCUCUGCCAAAUUGGUGAGUUGUUAAGAACUCAUGUCAAGAACUCAUGUCAAGUCAAGCUAAAAAUUAAUGUUUACGCAUGUUCGCUUGGGUGCUGCAUGCAACUUCUGGAUGAAGCUGUCCACUAUUAUAAUAAUUAGCAUUCAUUGAAUUCAGCUUUUGUUGCUACAAGUGCAGAAUUUUGUUGUCGGUAUUACUCCGCCAUAAGUAGCUAAUUUAUUAUUUUGCUGCUGAGGUUUGUUGGAUUCUUUAUCUAUAUAGAUAGAUAGAUAUAAUGGUACGAAUUUGAGUGCAAUUUGGAAAAUCACAUGCAUGCACGAGUGUGAUUUUUUAAAGACGAUCAAAAUUGCAUUUUAUACCUAUAAAAUACAAUGGAUAAAAAGAUGUGCUGAUGAAUUAGAAUUUCAUCAUGUUUCUUAUUCUCAUUUAGUCCCGACGCCUUCUGUCAACUCCACCAUAUUGUCUGGAGAACCAGCUGACUUUCUGACAAGAUUAGCUUCAUGGACCGGAACCACAUCAAGCACUAUUUCAUGGAAGCUGUGUUGGCGUGCAACUAUACAUGGAUGGGCAUGCAAUACCUUUCAUUUAAAAUGUGAUAACAAGAAACCAACCGUGACCAUAAUAAAAGUUGGUAACUUCAUCUUCGGUGGUUAUGCUGCGGAGUCUUGGAAAGGUGAGACGUAG